GGGAAAAUGGCGGCAGCUCCGGAGCUGGUCGCCCUUUCCCCGCCGCGGGCCGUGGGAAGAGUAGCCGGGAUAAACGUCCUGGCCUCGGUCUCCGGCCCCCCCCAAGAGGCCGUCCGGGUGCGUUGCACCUCGAAGCGGGCCGUGACGGACAUGCUGGAGCUGUGCGGUGGCUUCGUGCAAAAUCUCGGGGACGCGCUGCCAGAGGAGAUUCGGGAGCUCGCGCUGCGAGGUGCGCAGUGGGUACGGGCCCAGUCGCCGUCUCUUCUCGCCCGCUUACCGCACACCCAGAAGCAGUACCAUCCUGUUGUACAUCCACUGGACCUAAAAUAUGACCCUGAUCCAGCCUGUCAUAUGGAAAAUGCAGAGGAGAAACAAUAGCCGAGGAGAUCAGUGAAGCCAUGAAGGUAAAAACAACAUGCUAAAUAUAAAAUGGACAAAUGUGUAGUUGGGUAUUUGCUCUCAACAUCCAUAUGUGUUUUAGUCUGUUAUAGGAGGAAUCGUCAGUAGUCUUUUAGAUAAAUCUUCAAUGAAUUUAUUAAGCAACCAUAACAUUCAGAGUAACUACCAUUUAUUAGGUGCCUACUAUGUGCCAUUGUACGUGUCUGCUUUAACAGUUGGUUUAGUUUUUUAGUUCUGAGAGUUAGCAGUCCAUCAGUUUUGGAAAAUAAUACCAGGUAACACUGAGAAUUUAGUAUGGGGCAGGCGCCAUUUAACAGCUUUAUGUAUAUUACAGUCCCUCGUUUGAUCCUUAUAGUGACCCAAUGAGAUAGGUACUGCUAUUUCUCUAUUUCACAGAUGAGGCAACAGGCACAGAGAGGCUAAGCAGAUUGCCCCAAUAAAUCACUGAGCCAGGAGUUAAACCCUGGGUGUUUGCUCCGACGCUUUUAUUCUUAAAACAGUAUGUUAUAUUGCACAUCCAACUUAGAGCCUUAAUAUUAUAAUGUUAUUACUUAUAAGCAAAAUUAUUUAUUUUCAGUCUUGACAUGUGCUUUACCCAAAUAGAUGCAGUCAUACUGAACUGUUUUACAUUUAAGGAUGUUUACAUAUCAAGGAUAUAGCAAUCAGUGGUAGAAGUCUCAGAAAGUUAUAUUGCUUGUCCUUAACAUUUAACUACAGUUUCUUACAGCUCUUAUUGUGUCCCUUACUCACACUAAUACAAUGUAGGCAGGGGCAACUGUUUCCCCUUUUGAUGACUGUAUACCUUCAUUCAUUUGCAGAGGAAUUUACUGAUCAUAAGGUUGGAUAAUUACUUGCUCAUUAUGUCUUAAUAAUUAUAAAUGUCUAAAUAUAUCAGAAAGUCUCAGUGAAGAACACUUGCAAAGCUACUUUAGUGCAUUCUGUAUUUGAAUGUUAUAAUUUGAGAUUUGUAUAUUUGUACACAACACUAUGCUUUUCAUUAAAGUCAUGCACAAUGACUGAAAUCUUAAUACUAUGUAUUUCCAAGAGCUGUCUUAGGCAUUCUUUUUAUUAUUAUUAUUUAUUUUGAUAUUGUUAAUAUACAAUUACUUGAACAUCAUUAUGGUUACUAGACUUACCCUAUUAUCAAGUCCCCCCCACAUACCCCAUUACAGUCACUGUCCAUCAGCAUAGUAAGAUGUUAUAGAAGCAUUAUUUGUCUUCUUGUCUUAGGCAUUCUUGCACUGAGAUGUAGUUGGAUGGUAGGUCAGUACCCUGUAUUUCAGAACAUACUAAAUUUCACUUAAAAGCUGGUUGAGGCUACAGAACAUUGCUAAUCUAAUAAAUACAGUGCUUUUUCAUAGUAUAAAAUUCAUCGUGAGUUUU